GGCUGAAUAAAGAGCUGCUUUCUUGAUGUCAGCAAUGACUUUUCAUAGUAUUCUUUAAUGAUGGAGGUGACGGACAUCGGAAACAAAGAGGAAGGGAAAGUCUGGCAUAGAAAACCAACCUCGGGGAGGAGUGUGUUGGUGACAGUGGUGCGAACUGUCCAGCAGGCCAAGACUGUUCGCUUCCUUCAUGUGACCUUUGACACCACAGGAGACUCUUUCCUGGCUGGAGACCAUCAUGGCAACAUUUAUGUUUUUGACAUCAACAGAAACAGGUUUCGCCUGGUGCAGAAAACGGGACAAGCUUGCACUGCUCUGGCGUUCAGCCUCCGCAGAACCACAGAGUUUCUUGUUGCUUUGGCUGAUUACACAAUCAAGUGUUUUGACAAAGACACCAAACAGCUGAUCAGUUGGAUGCGAGGUCACGAGGGCGCGGUCUCAUCCAUCUCGGUGCACAGCUCCGGCCGAUACGCCAUCAGCACGUCAUCAGACACGGCUCAGCUGUGGGACCUGGACACCUUCCAGAGGAAGAGGAAGCUCAACAUCAGGCAGUCUGUCGGCAUUCAGAAAGUGUUCUUCCUGCCUCUGAGCAACACCAUCCUGAGCUGCUUCAGUGACGACUCCAUCUUUGCGUGGGAGAGCGACACACUCUUCUGCAGGUACCAGCUCCCUGUUCCUGACUGUGGACCCAGAAUCUCCUACAAGGCCUUUGCUGUCACACGUGAUGGUAAAAUCCUGGCCGCUGGGGGCCGCUCCAACCUGCUGCACCUGUGGUGUUUGGACAGCCAGCAGCUGCUCAGGGUCAUCCAGAUGCCUUCUCAGGUUCGAAGCGUCAGGCAGCUGGAGUUCCUGCCUGACAGCUUUGAUGGAGGAGCCAGUCAGACACUGGGUGUGUUGAGCCAGGACGGAGUGAUGCGUUUCAUCAACAUUCACACGUGUAAGCUUCUCUUCCACAUGGGCUCCGUCGACGAUGCCAUCACCUCAGUGGCUGUCAGCCCGAACGGACGGCACAUCGUGGCCAUCAUGGAUAAUGGGAGCAUCAAUAUCUACAACGUUCAGAGUCUCACCCAGGAACUAAACAAGCCUCCUCCAUCUCAGGUGGCCGUAGUCUCCGGAGGUGCUCAGAACUUUUCACACAUCAAGAUGAAAGUUAGGUCAGAGGUGGUGCAGAGACCAGCCAAGAGCAGCAGGCAAGCACAUGUAAAGAUACUAAGACCACCAGGGGGGUCUUCAGCUGAGGAUAAAGAGAACGAACUACCAGCUGGUCUGAACAAGAAGAGACUGGUGGCUCUGCUCAAAGCAUUUGGAGAAUAUCCUGCUAAAUAUAGGAUGUUUGUGUGGCGGUCUUUGCUGUGUCUUCCAGAGAACCACGCAGCGUACAGCAGUCUGACCGACAAGGGCCUGCACUCGGCCUUCCUCACCCUGCACCAGAAGUACCCCAUCAAGAGUCACAAGCUGCAGAGAGGACUGCAGAGGGUUUUGUCCGCUUUAGCUCACUGGGCAGCCAUCUUUGGAGAGGUGGAAUAUCUCCCUCUGGUGGCGUUUCCUUUCGUUAAGCUUUUCCAGAACAAUCCGAUGCUCUGCUUUGAGGUGGUGGCCACAGUCAUAGUGAACUGGUGCCAGCACUGGUUCGAGUAUUUCCCCAACCCUCCUCUGAACAUCCUGAGUAUGGCCGAGAACGUUCUGGCUCACCACGACAAGGAGCUGCUGCAGCACCUGGUGGACUGUGGCAUCACUUCACAGCUCUAUGUGUGGCCUCUGUUGGAGACACUGUUCUCUGAGGUUCUGACGUGUGAUGAGUGGCUCAGACUGUUCGACAACAUCUUCUCCAAUCACCCUUCGUUCCUGCUCAUGGCCUGCGUGGCCUACAUCAUCUGCUGCCGGGAACCCCUGCUGCUCUGUGUGCAGAAGCAGGACUUUGAGUACUUUUUUCACCAUCGAAACAAUCUGGAUGUCGGAGCCAUGAUGAAGGAGGUUUAUCGGCUUAUGAGCAGCACGCCAGCUGACAUCCACCCCCGAACGAUGCUCUCAGACUUUACACCGCUCACCAGCGGCCAGUACCCAGUGUUCAACCAGUACCCAGAGUUCAUAGUGGAGUACCAAAGCAGGGAGAGGGAGAGAAUACGACUGCAGGAGAUGGAGUACCUGCAGGAGAGACAGGAGCUGUCAGAACUGCGUUCAGAUUUUGUGCGUCGACAAGCUGAGGAAAAAGCCUAUUUUGCACAACAGGGGUUGCUACAGAAAGCAGCAGAGCAGCGCAGCCACAUCCUGGCAGAAGAAGAGGCGAAGCUUACAGAGCAGAGAACAAAACUGGCAGCCAUGAAGAGAGAGCUAAAGGUGAAGGAGUUCCAGCUGCUGGACGCCACGAGGAGACGUUUCCUCCAGCAGCAGACGGACCUGCGGGCCUCACAGAUACAAAAACUGGACCAGGAGAUCAGCAGGAAGAUGGAUCUGCGUGAGAAGGAGACGGCCGCAGCGGUUCAGGACCUGGAGGUCCGACAGAUGGAACUGGAGGCUCAGAGGAGACGACUCGAGCAGCAUUUGCUGAAGGAGCAGGAGCGUGUAGGACGGGAGGUUGAGGAGGAGGUGCAGCAGAAAUUGAGGGAGGCAGAAAAUGUGGAGAGGAGCUACAUGGAGCAGCUGCAAGGUGCAGAGUCUGACAUGCAGGCCCUGGAGGAGUCACUGGCAGAAGCGUACCAGCUGGGUGUGGAGUCUGACUGGCAGAGGGAGGUGGUGGAGCGUCUGCAGCGGGUCGACGCUGAGCAGGAGAGGAAGAGGGAGAGACUGGCAGAGGUUCAAAGACAAACUCUGGCAGAGGAGAAGAAACUGACUGACACCAUGAGAGACGUGGCAGGAAAGAAGUGGGAGGAAGUGAUGAGCACCAGAGCCCAGAUGCAGGAGCAGAGACGGUCUUCAUGUUCACUAAACGCAGAUGGGCAGAGACAGACGAACGUCCAAUCGCUGUGUCCACCUCGGGGACUUCUCUGCAGACCUGCUGGUUCUGCGGGACACGGAGGAGCGAGUCCAGCAGUGAGCUCACAGGAACCUGCAGGAACCAACAUGGUGUGUCUGAACAGUACCUCACCUUCAGGGAGCAGCUCCACCAACUUCUCAUUGGACCGAGGCCGGGCCCAGUUGGACAGCAGUGAAAGACAGCUGCUGAAGGAAAUCCGAGAGCUGAGACAGAAGCUGGCAGCCAGAGCUAAAGAGUCCUCCUCACAGUCUGUCCACACGCUGUCCUCUGUCUCCCAGUGA